AUGGACUCUGCAGGAUUCGAUUCCGAGGGCCGGGAGUUCUCCAGCGCCACGGAGAUGUGGGCGGCGGAGAUCGGCGCCGCCACGUCCGCCACAGUCUCCGCAGAGGUCGCUCCGCCCGCGGCCGCCGCCGCUCCAAGCAACGGGGAGGCCGGCGCCGGCGAAGGGAAGCGGAAGGAAUGGUACUCCAAAGGAAUCUCCUACUGGCAGGGCGUGGAGGCGUCCACCGAGGGCGUCCUGGGCGGGUACGGGUGCGUCAACGACGCCGACGUCAAGGGCAGCGACGCCUUCCUCCGGCCUCUCCUCGCCGAACGGUUUGGCGCAGCAAAGCGCCAUCUCGUCGCGCUUGACUGCGGCUCGGGCAUCGGGCGGGUUACAAAGAAUUUGCUUCUUAGGCAUUUCAAUGAGGUUGAUCUUGUGGAGCCAGUCUCCCAUUUUCUAGAGGCGGCACGUGAAAACCUUGCUGGAUGUAUGGAUGUAGGACAAGAUACACAUAAAGCCGCUAACUUUUAUUGUAUACCUCUUCAGGACUUCACUCCUGAGGAAGGAAGAUAUGAUGUCAUAUGGAUCCAGUGGUGCAUAGGGCAACUUACUGAUGAUGAUUUUAUUUCAUUUUUUAAUCGUGCCAAGGUUGGGCUCAAACCAGAUGGCUUUUUUGUUCUGAAAGAGAACAUUGCAAGAAACGGAUUUGUUUUAGACAAGGAGGAUAACAGUGUCACCAGAUCCGAUGCAUAUUUCAGGGAGCUAUUUAAAAAGUGUGGAUUGUAUAUCCACAAUAUUAAGAACCAAAAGGAAUUGCCAGAGGAACUAUUCGCCGUCAAAAUGUAUGCAUUGGUGACCAGUGAGCCAAGAAUUAAAAAAAGUGGGAAGAGAAGGCGACCUAAAAAUUCACCUCAUUUGAUUCGGUCUUGAAAAGUCUCCAGAUUAACCGGGCUGUUGCGACAGUAAUAUUUAUCUGUGAAUGUAUUGCUAUUGAGCUGUUGCAAGUUCCAAGCACGGAAAUUUUAAGUCUGGCUUUCGCUCUGCGUACGUUUUGUACCAAACAGGCUCCAGUUUUCGUGAGGUCACAUCCAUUCGUUGCAACUGUUGUUCGAUUACCUAGUUACUGUCAACACUUGACAGAUGUGGCAUGUAUGAUCUCAUUGUUCUGAAAGGGAGGGUAUCUGAACCAAUGAACUCGUGCCUCUGGUGCCUCAAAUGUCUGUAGAUUUGUACUUAUGAUGCAUCGAAUUAUUGUGAAUGAAAUGGCUCUGUACCUGGGUGCAUCUAUGCAA